UUCCAGAAAUGGAGAGGAUAACUUUAAACAACUCUUAUGAUACUCCAAUGCCAAGACAUCAUCUAAAUCGAACAUUAGAAGACUUAAGAGAAAGCCCUUACUCUAAACCUCAGAAGCCUUCCCUAAGACUUGAUUUAUCAAGACUCUCACAUAACACUCGACCGGCAUACAAGCCUCUAUCUUCCCUAAAACUACAACUUAAUCCGUACAGAUUCGUACUGCCUCCCAAGCAGUCUCGGUUAUCAACCAAAGAAGAAGGCAAAGAGCUAAGCCAAGGUGGCCAAACAAGGUCGAAUCUCCUAAAUUCCGCUAAAAUUCAUAGCUCCUUAACCAACAGUAGUCUCUUAAAGAAAACUGAAGCUUCGAUAUUUAACUGGAUCAAGCACAGGAAUAAUGUCAGCCUCAAAAAGUCUAAUCAUUCCUUACCCAAGGCGAAGAAGUCUGAUGAUAUCGUUAUUAGAGAACAGUACCAUAUGAAACCGAUGCCCAGAUUCAAGCUGAGUAAACCCCUAGUUCCUGUAAAAAACCAAAUAAAUCCUAACAACGGCACUCGUAAGUGAAGGUAUAUGGUCGAUUUUUACAAGCAGAAAUAAAGAGCCACAAAAACCAAUUUUUCUGGGGACGCGUAAUCAGACCAGAGUCCAGAUAGAUAUUCAAAAAUAAGGUCAAAAGGAACAUCGACCAACAACUAUUACAGUUUCUCAAUAAGAGGAAAGAUCCGAUCAACCAGCAGGUUUAUAAGAUUGAUAAUGAUACCAGCAAUGAGUAUCAUAAAGGAUUCAUCUUUGACCAUGAGACUUUUAAGAACGGGGUAGAAUCUAGAAAUACAAAUGAGAUAGGUCCUGUCAGACAUACCAAAUCACAGAAGAUAAAGUGGUAACUCAGCCAUAAUUCGAACUAAUGUUUCAAUUUAGAAUAAAAA